AUGCUUCUCAUAGGCUUAACCGGCUCGAUAGCCACUGGCAAAUCUACAGUCUCAUCCCUCCUCUCCUCUCCUCCUUAUAACCUCCCCAUAAUCGACGCAGAUGUACUGGCUCGCAAAGUUGUUGAACCAGGUACCGCUGGAUACCGCGCUAUAGUGGACUACUUUGGACCUACAACCCCCGAUUUAUUACUUCCAGAGGAGAAACCGGGUAAAGGAAGGCCUUUGAACAGACCAGUCCUUGGUAGACGGGUAUUUGGCGACUCUCCGGAGCGAAGGAAAGAUCGAUCAGUGCUCAAUGGAAUCGUGCAUCCUGCUGUGAGGUGGGAGAUGUAUCGUGCCUUGCUCUGGUACUAUAUACAUGGACACUGGGCAGUAGUUUUGGAUGUGCCUUUACUCUUUGAGAGUGGUUUGGAUGCUAUAUGUGGAACCGUUAUCGUUGUUGGAGUGAAAGACCCGGUGGUCCAAAUGCAGAGACUACGUGCUAGGGAUCCGCAUCUCACUGCUGAAGAUGCGGAGAAUCGGGUGAAGAGCCAAGGAGAUGUACAUGGGAAGGUCAAAAGGGCUGAAUUUAGAGGCACUGAGAGUGCAAGGGGUGUCAUUGUUUGGAAUGAUGGGGACAAGGCGGAGUUGGAAGGGGAGGUCAGGCACGCAAUAAAUCGAAUCAGCUCUACGAGCCCGCAGUGGUGGGCGUGGGUCUUGUUGCUGGUGCCGCCGCUGGGAGUUGGAGUAGCAGCAUGGAACCUCGCUAUUAACUACCGAGAGAAGGCAAAGUGGGAGGAAAAGCAACGGAAUGAUAAAGCAAAGCUGUAA